ACAUGCUCCCUUCUCUCUCAUUCCCUAUCUCAUCCUUAUCUGAUCUAGAAAAAGCUGAAUUGGUAAGCUUUCCUUUGUAUGAAUCUAUCUCUGUUUGUUUCUGAGAAUCAAAGUUUAAAUUUUGGAACUGAUUUCUGCAUCAACUGUGUAAAGAUUUGGAGUUUCCCUUUAAAAUUCACGUGAUCCCAGAAGUCGAUCGAGUGGGGUUUAGGGUAUCAUCGAGGUGUGAAAAGAAUUAAGAGGUCGAUCGGAGAGUAGUGGUGUUCUUGGAUUCAUUGGACUUGUCAGCUAAAUGGGAAUUUUUGAGGAGAUGGGGUUUUGUGAUAAUCUUGAUUUUCUCACUAGUCCUCCUGGAGAGUUGAAGGGCUCUCAGGAACUCGAACCGGUGGGAGAGGUGGACGGAGACUACAGUGACGAGGAGAUGGAUGUUGAUGAGCUGGAGAAGCGGAUGUGGAGAGACCGGAUGCUCUUGAAGCAGCUUAAGGAUCAGAAGAAGAGCAAGGACAAGAUUGAUGACAGCGCCAAGCAGCGCCAGUCUCAAGAGCAAGCACGGAGGAAGAAGAUGUCCCGUGCCCAAGAUGGCAUUUUGAAGUAUAUGCUGAAGAUGAUGGAGGUCUGCAAAGCUCAAGGUUUCGUGUAUGGAAUCAUUCCUGAGAAGGGGAAACCUGUGACUGGAGCGUCUGAUAAUCUCCGUGCAUGGUGGAAGGAGAAAGUCAGAUUCGACAGGAAUGGCCCUGCAGCAAUUGCUAAGUACCAGACAGAGCAUUCGAUCCCUGGGAAAACUGAGGCUUUGAGUGUGGUGGCAUCGACUCCUCAGACACUUCAGGAGCUGCAGGACACUACGCUUGGAUCUCUGCUGUCGGCUCUCAUGCAGCACUGUAAUCCCCCGCAGAGGCGCUUUCCGCUGGAAAAGGGUGUCUCACCUCCUUGGUGGCCUUCUGGGACAGAAGAUUGGUGGCCAGAGUUGGGUUUGCCCAAGGAUCAAGGACCUCCUCCGUAUAAGAAGCCCCAUGAUCUGAAGAAGGCGUGGAAGGUUGGCGUCCUGACCUCCGUGAUCAAACACAUAUUUCCUGAUAUCGCCAAGAUGCACAAGCUUGUCCGUCAGUCCAAGUGUUUACAGGACAAGAUGACGGCAAAAGAGAGUGCGACUUGGCUGUCUAUAAUUAACCAGGAAGAGGCUUUGUCUAGAAAACUAUAUCCUGAUAGCUAUCCACCAUCAUCAUCCUAUGCUGAGAGCGGAUCAUAUUCGGUCAAUGAUACUAGUGACUAUGAUGUGGAAGGAGUAGAAGAUGAUGCGAACAUUGCAGUCGACUGCAAGCCACUGGAUAAGAAUGUGUUCAACUUCAAGGUUUCUGGAACUAAAAAUAACCCUAUGGUACUUCCCCUAGCUCCUGUCAAGAGAGAGAUCUUCGAUGUAGAUGUAGAUUACACCAUGAAAAGAAAACGGGUUUCUGUUGAAGAGCACAAGAGUGAGAGGGUAUAUACCUGUGAGUUUCCUCAAUGCCCCCACAGUGAUAAGCUCAUGGGAUUUAAUGAUCAAGCAUGGAGGAACAAUCACCAGAAUAACUGCCAAUUUAGAUUCAGUUCUUCUGCACCAAACUAUCAGAUCAACGACGAGAAACAAGCUGUGUGCCUGGCUCCUUCCAUUGAAACCAAGUCUUCCAAUCAGGCUUGUGUAAAUGUUUCUGAACUGGGUAUUCCCGAAGAUGAUCAGAAACUGAUUAGUGGGCUAAUGUCAAUGUAUGACAACAAUCUUCAGGGAAACAAUAGCUUUGAUUCUGAGAAUUUGAACAUUCUCCUGAGGCAGAACCCUCAGCAAUCAGCCAGUCAGCUUGAACAGGGUGGCGACUUUUUCAGACAGGGAUCUUUGUCGCAUGGCGGUACAUUUCAACAAACCAAUGUGCCAUUAAGCAAUGCUACUUUUAUGCCAACAGAAUUCCAGUAUGAGCAGUGCAGAUCAUCGUACAACUCCUCUUACAAUGGUGAUGUAGGGGAGAAUUUUACUGACUUCAGACUUGAUUCACCAUUCGAUUUUGCACCCGGUGACUUCUCUGUGGACCCGUUCCCAAAGAAUGAAGUUCCUCUGUGGUACAUUUAAGACAUGAGUGAUCCCAUCCAGCUCUACCUUGCUAAGAGAUCUUCAGAACUAUCCUCUGUGAGACGCCUAUCCAUCCCCCACCUCCCUAGUUAGGUUUGCUUAAAUUGGUGAAAUAUAUGCAUAAUUGUAGAUAUUGCUGCCGACUCAAUCUGAGUGCUUUUACUAUGUAUUGCAACUUUAGCUUAUUAGACUGUUUCGUUUGGAGGUGCUUAGUCGGGCAGCACCUCCCACGCUCUUCUUUGUGUUGUGGUUUUAAAAUGCUGGAAGGCAUUACCUGUUAUUCAUAAAUAACAAUGCUUUUACCUAA